AUGACUUCUUUGCUAGGCGAUGGACCUUGUGACGAUGACGGCGCCGCAGCGCCCUUAGAUCCCUGGGCUGAUGCCGCCCGGGCCGCUCAUCCUCCCGGCGAAGUUGAUCCUCCCGAUGGACACGGUGAUGACGGCGGUGGUUCCCGCCGUGCUUGGCGAAAGGGGAAGCAUUCGGGCGAUGACGCCGAGAAUGCUAAGGGGGACCCUGCCGUUGACAGGGACAACGAUGAGCCUCAACCCUCUGGCAAGCAGCCCGAGGAGAGACACGACUGGAACGAGAACUCUCCUUGGCAGUCCUACGACCCUACGAAGCAUGUGUGGAAUGGCUCCUGGCCGGAGCAGUCAUCGUGGGCUUCUACGUGGUCUUCAGGCUGGAACUCGGGAUACAACCAGGGGCAUUCCUGGUCUGGGAAUCGCGGGCACUCGCCUGGUGACGGCGGCGCCUGGGAGGCCUCCUGGACUCGAUCUUCUUCGGCGACUACCUCACCCUGGGAAGCCGAGUGGUCCAAUUCUCACUCGGCGAACAAUUCGACUGGACCUUGGGAGACCGAGUGGACUCGAUCGACUUCGGCGAACACUUCGAAUAAUCCCUGGGAGACGGAGUGGCAUCGCAAUGCCAUUCCUGGAGGAGAGUGGCAGUCCCACCAGCAGUCCUUUGAUGGGAACCAGUCUCGUGCUCCUUCGUCGGAUGAUGGCGAGCGCCGAGGCACUUUCAGCGAGAGGAUGUCUGUGCCCACCUUCUCAGCAGAAAACAGUGGAGACGAGCUCGGACAAUCGGCACGCAGCUACAUCCGCCAGAUCGAGGCGUGGGUCCGGGUCACUCGGACUCCUUGCGCCCAACAGGCCCUCCUCCUGUACCAGAACCUCAAGGGGCGCGCGUGGAUUGAGGCUGAGGAGCUCGAGGUUGCCGAGCUUUGCGUUCCUGACGGUGUAGAACGUUUUAAGGCAUGGAUUGCUGAGCGCUACCAGGAGAUCGAAGUGGGAAAGAUAGCGGAGGCUCUCAAUGGUUUCUUCAGGAAGCUCCGGCGGGGCCCGACCCAAUCGGUGCGCGAGUUCAAUGCUACCUUCGAUCGUGCUUAUGCCAGGCUGGUUGAGAUCGAGUGCAAGCUUCCGGAGACCGCUCGCGCUUGGGCUUAUCUGAGCGCGCUGUCUUUGUCCCACUCCGAGGAAUUGGCCAUCCUUGGGAGCGUGAACAACGAGUUCGUGUGUACCAAGCUUCAGCGUGCUGCAGUUCUUCAUGAGAAGAGUCUUCGACGCCCCUGGGACAAGGACCACCCAAAGCCUUGGGAACGAGCUAAGAACAACCUGAAGGUGAACUCCGCCAACAACGCGGAGCCCAUCCCUGAGGAGGCCGACGAGGACCUCGACGCCGAGGACCCCCUCAACCCGGAGGAGGCCGAGCUCUACGAGGCGUUUAUGACUGCGAAGGCCCAGUACCGUGAUGCAGUAAAAGGGCGCAACUUGGAGCCAGAUGAAGUGAAGAAAGCCAUCGAGAACAAGAUCCUGAGCGCCAAACAGCGCUCCUUUUGCAGUGUCUGCAAACAGCGCGGCCACUGGUACAAAGAUCCUGAAUGCCCUGGACCUCCCAACGGUAAGCCCAAAGGAAGCCCUGAACCUAACAAGCCCCAGACCGCCAACAUCUCCAACGAGGUUUUCAUGACGAGUGGUCCUUUGAGCGAGAACCUCCUUGCGAUUACCGACAGUGCGUGUACCAAAUCGGUAGCAGGAACUUCGUGGCUGCAGCGCUAUGUGGAGGUCCUCAAGGCCUUCAACAUCGAGGUUCCUUUGCUGGGUGAGUCAGACAACUUCAGGUUCGGAGCUUCUAGGAUCUAUUCCUCGAACUAUGCCAUCGUGGUUUCUUUCAAGGUGGGUUCUUCGUGGGUGCUCGUGAAGGUGGCUAUCAUCCAUGGAGACUUACCACUACUACUGAGCCGCUCUGUUUUAGCCGAACUCGGAAUGGUCUAUAACCUGAAGGAGCACAAGGCGGACUUCGAAGCUGUGCGUGUCAGCGGCCAUCCUCUGCUUUCGACCCCCACCGGGCAUCCGGCAAUAAGCGUUCAUCCCGGAGGCCAGGGCAUCCCGCUGGAAGCACAGCCCAAGAUGUGGGACGCCAAUAAGUGCGUCCGCGGAGAGGUACAGAUCCUUCUCGACUCGGCAGCAUACAUGGCGGACUGCAGUGGGGGAACGGGACCUUACGAAGCCUUUGUAGCAGUUAACGCUCUCCCCGAAAGCCGACCACCUCAAGCACAGUUUCCUCAGAUAUUUUAUGCCAAGAAGAUCCCUCCCGAAGUGAAGAACAUCCUUAUCAGUGAGACCCUGUCUGUCGAGAACUUCGUGAAAUGGUGGAACGGGACCCGUAUUUCAUCAGACUUUUGGAUAGAGACACAAUAUUCUCUGAUACGCAUCCAUGUCACUCCUCGGAAAUCCCUGUUCAGUCCUGUGAAUUGGAAUACACAACAGUCAUUGCUACGAGACAAUCUCCUGAAGGUGCUCGGUAGCGUCAGGGAAACUUUCAGCAUCAGUUGUCGUUCUCAGCGCGGUCUUCCUCUUGCAGUUGACUUCUGGAAUGCGAUGCCUGCCGAUGCCACGAACUGCCACCAAUGCCUCUGGAUCGGCCGAACAGUGUUCAAUCGUAGACCGAUUGCCCCAAUUCGAACUCCUCCCGGCCUCUCUGGUAAUGUCGUCUCGCCCAACAUGGCAGAUGACCAAGAGCGAGAGCUGCGCAGCGCGAUCACCGAGUCCAAAGCGAUCGACAAGGAGGAGAAGGGUGUCCCGAAAGGGAUGUCGGGGAUGAAGCUCGCCGAUCUGAAGAUGGAGGCAGAUCGCAUCGGAGUGGCCUACGACUCCAAGGUGACGAGGGGAACGCUGAUGCGCCACAUCAGGGACUACCACGAGACGCCGGACAACACCAUCAUGACGAUCGGGCGCUACAAAGGAAGUGCUUACUUCCAGAUUCCUCGACAGUAUGCGGAGUGGGCCUCGCGCGAAGAACGGGAGAACGGGAUCAACAUGAGUCCGGACCUCAAGCGCUUUGUUCUGUGGUACCGCCGGACGUCGGAGGAGAAGGAAGUGAAGGCGGGACCGUCCCGCCGCGAGAUGAUGGAGGAGCCCGAGCGCUAUGCCAAGAUCCCCUAUCCAGGGUCCGCGUCGUCCCGGUCUUGGGAGGAGGUGUCAGCGAUGAGCCAGGCGGACAAGGACCAGAAGCCCCUGACUCCUUCGAGCUUCACGGCCCAGACCCCUCCGAAGGCGUCUCCUACGAAGCGCGGCGCGGAGAAGAACGCCACCAAGGAGCGGAUGCAUGUGGACCCGCCGGAGCAGGUCCUGGAAGAGAUCAGGGCAUUGGAACAACGCCUUGCGGUGCUGAAGGACCAGGACGCCGUGUUCUCCUACCACGAGGGCGACGAAGAUAACGAGGAGAUAUGGGAGGAACUCGUCGGCGAGGACCAGGACUCCUUUGUGUUGCUUUCUGAGAAUGUCGAGAACUUCCUCUCGGAGGCCAUCCUCAAGGAGGACUACUCUGCGGAGACCCUUGCUUCGGUCUUGGAGGCCACCUUCGGCAAGAACGGAGAAGACUUUCCCAAUCGAGGUGCUCGGGCUAGGAAAAAGGCUAUGGGGGAAGGUGACACCGGCUCCUGCAGGAUUUCCCUUGGCUACUACACCUACGGGAACAUGAGGGGGAUCUGUGCCAAUACCUCGAAGUACGCGUCCCUUUGCAUCUACCUCAAGAACUACAUCCUCGCAAAACAACCCGAUGCAAGGUGGUCAUCCCUCUCGAUUGCGUACAAUUGUUCUCCACGAGUUCACGCCGACUUCAACAACCUCAGAGGCACCUUGAACUACAUCACCUGCGCCGGCGACUUCACUGGUGGAGGAGGCUUGUGGCAGGAGAAUGGGCAUGCCAAGGGUGACGACAUCGUGUUGGACCCCAAGGGGCGCGAGAUCAAGGGGAAGGUGCAGCCUACUUCCGGGACCGUGGUGUCCUUUGUGCCGGAGCGCUUCCACUCGGCCCAACAAUGGACUGCCGGUGACAGGUGGUCCGUGACGGCUUUUUCCACCAGGGGAUUUGCCGGAAGUACACAAGGAGAACGCCGACAACUCCGUUUCUGGGGAUUCCCACUACAUGAUCUACGCCACCUCUCCCGUGACCGCAAACAGAUCGUCAAUCACCUCCCUUCACAGAGGGCGACGCCGCCUCCAGGAGGCGAAGGCACCGACACCACUACUUUCCCUUCUACCUCAACAACGACUUCGAGGCCCAAGAAGAGCAUGAGGAAAAGUUUGUGGAGGAAUGCUUCCAGAGCCAGUGCUUUCCUCACCUGGUCUUUGUCUUCGUUAUCUCUUGCUUUGGCCUCUCCGACCCAGGAACCUCUUCCUGCUCCGGCGGUGGCCCUGCUUGAGAUUGGUGGGAUCGAGCAGACCCUGCAGGCGACGAAUGAUUUCGGAUGCUACGUCGCGGAACCGGUCCCUUGGAACGACGUCCCGCAGGUUGAUUCCGGGAACUACUUGAUCACUAUGCUCGACCAGUCCAGGCCUUCUAUGUUGUGGAUCAAUCCAGCCCCUCCGAACAGGGCGUUUGAUGAGGCGAAGUUCUUCGAAGUUGUGGAUGUAUGUGGACGAUGGCAGGUACAGCGCUACGGCUCAGUUGUGAUCCCCACCGAUCCUCUACCAGAGCAGUCCCAACAGAGAGUGCUUCGCCAACUCGCCACUUUUGGGUCAGUCAGCACAGUCUUCCUCGACAACAAGCAAUGUUUCAGGGCUACAGCUAUAGAGACCGUCUCCAACCACAUGGCAGAAGGAGAUGCUCGAGAUGAUCAGGACGAGCGCCCUCUCCGCGAAGGUGCUGCUGGAAUUACGUUCGACAAAAAGGUUCCCAAGGACACUGCAGCCGCUCUCCGUCGUCUACACCAGAACCUCGGACAUCCUGCCCGUGAGGACCUGGUCCGCCAUCUGCACCUUGCCGGGGCCGACAAGGACGUGAUCAAAGCAGCAAAGAGCCUUUCGUGUUCUACCUGUGCGAGGACUAAAGGUCCAAAGAGCGCCCGCCCUGCAGCAGAACCGAAGCUGUUGGAAUUUGGAGACGUGGUUGGCGUCGACAUGAUGUAUGACUACGACAUCGACGGCAAGAAGAUCAAGCUGUUUUCCAUCGUGGACCAUGCCUCUUCCUACCAAGUGGUGGUACAAGUGCCCCAACAAACCGGGACGGUGCUCGAGAAAGCCUUCGUGAAGCACUGGAUCCAGGUGUUUGGGGCCCCAAAGGUGAUCACGCUCGACUUGGAGAGAGGAAUCCAGGAUGCUUUCGGCCGCCUUGCUGAUUGGUUUCACAUCGACCUUCGUACCAGCGCGGGGCAGGCUCAUUGGCAGUCCGGGUUCACAGAAAGGCACGGCAAGUGGUGGAAAGAGAUCUUUGCGAGGGUCGUGCAGGACCAGACGGUGCGUGGCGACGAAGUCGAGGAAGCCAUCGCGGCGACGUCCACCGCAAAAAAUGAACUACGGCGCCGUUGUGGGUGGGCCCCAUGCCAGAUCGUCUUUGGAAAGAACCCCCGCGGUGACGAUGAUCUACGUUUUGAAGUAGAAGAAGGCGGAGGAGAACUGCUCAGGACCCCAGACUCCGCACAGCAACGCCGUGAGAUGAUCCGGAACGCCGCCAAGCUCUCCUUCUUCAGAUCCCGCACCGAAGACAAGAUUCGGCGGGGAAUGUCCCAGAGGGCCCGGGUGAAGCCUAGAGACCUCGACAAUGGUGCCAUGGUCCUUUUCUGGAGAAAGCCCGCGAACAAGAAGACCGGUCUGUGGAAGGGGCCUGGCACCAUCAUCGGACGCCAGGACAAUAACUACUGGGUAUCACACAGUGGACGGUGCUACCUUUGCGCCCCAGAGCACCUGCGCAAGGCUCUUCCCGAGGAGCUGGGCGGAAUGUUUGCGCUCCGUGCUACAAAGGACGAUCUACUUCGCUUGGUCGAGAGGAACUACGACGACUCUGCGGUCUUCCCGGGUGAGGACGAUGCCGAGAUCGGGGACAAGGACCUCUUCGAUGCGAUCAUGGAUCUCUCCGAACCCGAAGGCGAAGAAGGCGAGAACGAGACAGGAGACAUGGAACUUGAUAACGGCGACCUACCCGAUGAAAGGCCACCUGGACCUCCUCGCGAAGAUCUCCCCCGCGCCGUCCGCAAGAGAUUCUCCACGAAGAGACCAGAGCCCUACGAGAACCCGAAGGAGAAGGAGAACGUCAACGAGGCCCAUAUGCUGAAGAGAGCGACUACCAAACGGGGCAGGGACAAACAGCUUGAGAAGGAGAUCCCUUGGAAUAUGAUUCCAGAAGAGAAAAGGCAGCUGUUCAUCGAUGCGGAACACAAGCAAUGGGAAGAACAUCUCCGCUUGGGGGCUCUCCGCCCACUGGAUGUGACCGAGAGCGCAGAAAAGAUGAAGUCAGGACGGGUGCUCUCCUCGCGGUUUGCGUACCGCGACAAGAACUUGGCCCGAAGACGGACCGAUCCCUCGGUCGAAUGGAAGGCCAAGUCAAGGCUGGUGGUGUCCGGACACACCGACCCGGACAUCAUCUCCGGUGCCCUUCGGACCGACUCGCCAACAGUGUCUCGCACUGCCGUCAUGACGCUCCUCCAGUUGGCCGCCUCCCAGCUGGAUUCCAAUUGGGGCAUCGCCGCAGGCGACGUGACCGCAGCGUUUCUCAACGGCGAGAAGCUGGAUCGUGAACUUUAUCUACGACAACCCAAACAUGGACUUCCGGGCCUUCACCCAGACCAACUUAUUAAGAUCGAGAAGGGGGUGUUCGGAUUGAUUGACAGUCCCCGGAAGUGGUGGAAAAAGUUCAAGAAGGAUAUCCAGAACUUGACCAUCGACCUUCCCGACAACAAGAAGGGCAAGUUCUUCGCUUCCCCGUUGGACCCAUGCGUGUUCCAACUGGUUGAGCUUGAUGCCGAGGGCAAGCGUGGCACAGGACCGCCCCUUUGCUACGCAGCGGUUCAUGUUGAUGAUAUCCUUCUGGUUGGACCUCGAGCCCUACGUGCAUCUGUUCAGGAACAACUUUCCAAAUGUUUUCCGGUUGACGAAUGGGAAGAGGACGUGUUCGAUUUCAUCGGUUCCCACAUCGAGACCCGACAUGAUGGCAUCUUCGUCUCUCAGUCCUCCUAUGCCACCAACCGACUCUUCGAGAUCUACGUGGACCCCAAGGCACCCGCCGAUGCACUCGCUGACCCUGAACAAGUUGCGGACAACCGUUCCUUGGUUGGUGCCCUAUCAUGGUUGGCAUCGCAGUCAAGGCCAGAUUUGGCCUGUGGAGUAUCGAUGUGCCAACAAUUACAGGCCCGACCAACGAUCGAGGACAUCCGUUUUACCAACACCAUGGCGAAGCGGGCACUACUGCACAAGGACGAGGGCAUCCUCCUGGCGAAGGUUCCCCUCGACGAGAUGGUGGUGACUGUGUUUCAUGAUGCAGGGUGGAGCAACGCGCCGGACUCCAACGCGGACCCCGUCUACUUUCUCUACGAGGAGGAUGAGCGCAACGGCAGGAUCACCGAAGGACCGUGGGUGAACAAGGCCCGCAAGACGAAGAAAAGGAACUCGAGUGUGGCAUCACAACUCGGAACUUUGGUGAUGGUUUGCGGCAAAGACGGAGUCACUUCCGCGGGCUCACCGGCCAGCAUUCUGGAAUGGCGAUCCCAUGCUUGCGACAGGGUGUGUAGAUCUACGUUUGGUGCGGAAACCAUGGGGUGCAUUGAGGGUUUCGAGCUCGGGCAGUACGUGAGGGCCAUGAUCGACUCCUUCCUCUCCGGCAAGAUCACCAGGGAUUCAGGAAAAGGGAUUCCAAUCCUGGGAGUCACCGAUUGCCGUUCCCUUUAUGAUCACAUGCACCGUGAUGGACUCCCAAGAACUCCCUCCGACCGUCGCCUCGCGAUAGAUAUUGCUUGCCUACGACAGACGCUGACGGAGGAGACCGCCGACCACGAUGAUGCCCGGGCACCUUUGGUUUGGGUACCGACUCAUCUUCAACGAGCCGACAUACUGACGAAGCCCAAACUGGCUAGUGACUGGUGGCCUCUUUCAGGGCGACUGAGUCUCCCUUUGAAGGAGGGAAACGUUGUUUUGAAGCAGUGUAAAUCUGAAGAUCGCUGCUAG